CCCCGGGCCGCGCGUCCGCCGCCCGCCGGCUCAGGCCCCAGCAGCCGCCGCCUCCCCCUCCAUGGCCGCCGCUCUCGCCGGCUGCAUUGUGGGAAGCUGACCUCACUCGCUGCUGCCGCCGCCCCGCCGGCUCCGGCACUCGCCGCCAUGGGGGCCGUGACCGACGAUGAAGUUAUCCGCAAGCGGCUGCUGAUCGAUGGCGAUGGAGCUGGCGACGACAGGCGGAUCAAUUUGUUGGUGAAGAGUUUCAUUAAGUGGUGUAAUUCCGGAUCUCAGGAGGAAGGAUAUACCCAGUACCAACGGAUGCUGAGCACUUUAUCACAGUGUGAAUUUUCAAUGGGAAAAACUCUUCUGGUGUAUGACAUGAACCUGAGAGAGAUGGAAAAUUAUGAAAAAAUCUAUAAGGAUAUAGAAAACAGUAUAGCUGCAGCCCAUGAGAAGAUCUCUGAAUGCAAAAAACAAAUCCUGCAAGCAAAAAGGAUUCGAAAAAAUCGCCAGGAAUAUGAUGCGUUGGCCAAAGUCAUACAGCAUCACCCAGACAGACAUGAAACACUGAAGCAGCUAGAAGCUUUGGGAAAAGAAUUGCAAAAUCUUUCUCACAUUAAAGAAAAUGUUGAAGAUAAGUUGGAGCUGAGAAGGAAGCAGUUCCAUGUUCUCCUGAGCACCAUCCAUGAACUUCAGCAAACCCUGGAGAAUGAUGAAAAACUUUCAGAAGCUGAGGAAUCACAAGAAACUCAGAUGGAAGCAGAGGCCAAGCAGUAGAUGUCAUAUGAAGACUAACAAUUACUACUUAAGAAAGUCCAAGUAUCUUCACUUUCUGUUGAAAUCAACAGUAAGAGAGAUUGAGCUGGAAAUAGUUUUCUACUGCUUCUGUGAAUUUUUAUACAUGUUUUGCAUAUGUUUCGGGGAAAAGAGUUGCAGAUGUUUGCAGGCAGGCACUUGGUGUUAAUCCACAAACUUUGUAAUUUGUGACAAAUAUACUUUGUUUCACAAAGGAUGAAGCUUUUACACCAUACUUGUGAACUAAGGUGUUUGUAAAAUUUUGCCAAUAAAAGGUGUUUUCACAGA